CCAGCUGAGUUCUUCACCAAUGCAAGUAAACUACGAGAUGCCCUUUUUGGAAAGGGAGCACCCUAUCAGCUUACUUUAUUAAUUUCAAUAAGGUAGGUAAAAUAGUUAGUUGAUUUACAACUAUUUCCCAAUAUAAGGGGUCCUUGGCAACAUGUUUGUUAUAACACAUGUUAUUAUGGAUGAAUAGCGAGCUAACUCCAGCUAGCUAGUUAGCUAGAUAAAGUCGGGUUGUCAACACAGUCGCUGGCUAACGUUAGCUGUGGUUAUAUUGCGGCUUUGUUUACACACUGUUUACAAAGGCCUGGAUGCAAGUAGCUAGCUAGCCACUAGCCAGCUAGUGCUACCAUCAUCAGUGCACUCACCUGCAGCAAGGAACGACGAAGGUUAUGGAGCUGUCAUCUCAAGACCCUCUUCCUAUGGCUUUGGAUCUCUCAAAGAGAUGUGGGAAGAGUCAUCUGAAUCCCAGGACCACAGAGGUUCUGGACCUGAUGAAGAAGCCCAGCUGGCACAGCAUCACUGACGACCAUGUGUCCAUGCCCUGCAUGCAGCUCCUCUCUGAGAAAACACUAACAGACACAGGUGUCAGACUCUCCUACGGGACUAGGACUUGUGUUCGCUCCCCCCUUUUACAUAAUGGUAUGGACAGAAGCUUACGGGACUCAGGGUUGUACGAGCCACACCCUACAGAGCGCUUAAAUGCAGAGAGCCCCAUUUCUGAAAGUAUUGAGGGAGAAGAGAGUCAGAGUGACUCUGAUGUCAUUUUGCUUGUUUCCAGUUCUAAGGAAGCACCCUCACCUCAGGACUAUUUAGACAGGGGAUCUGUUAGUCCCUUAGUGGAUUCUCCGUCCCCUGGCGCUGUCUCUUUGGGUGAAGCUAAAGGUUGUUUUCUACUGCCCCAGACACUGAGUUCCCCCAGUCCUGACAAUACAUACUCAGAGGAUUCAUCUGAAAGCACAGAGGGGAUGUCGGUGAACGCAAAACCUGUUCUUAACCUGUCGGAAUUAGCUGCUUUGUAUGGGAAAUCUGUCAGUUCUCCUGUGGAUAUCUCAAGUGAUGAUAGUGAUGUCAUUGAAGUUCCCAUCACCAAUGAAAAGAAAAAGAUUCCCAGUUUACCUGUUGAUGUUCAGAAUGAGAAAAGGCUGACAGGUGAAGCUAGUAAUGUUGUAAAGAAAAGCCUUUCUCCACAUCCUAGAACAAUACAGCCUGAGGUCAGCGCUCAGAAGCCCACCAACAAUGUCACUCGCCAUCAUUCAAAAAUCCAUACCAAAAACUUGAGUAGAAUAUUACCCAAAGAACAUUCUGUCGACACAAUGGACUCAAAGGAGAAGUCAUCUAGUUCAGAGGAUGAGUCUUGGUUACAGCCAACUGUCUACCUGUACAGGUGUGUAGUAGAUUCUGAUGACUCUGAUGUGGACCGUCGGACAGUUCGACAGGACCCCUCUGAGAGCCUACGUUCCUCUAGAAGGCCACAGAGAGGAUCAUCACCUGCUACAGAGUCAAGGCCCAAGGCCACACAUGUGGAAGACAUCCAACAGGAGUGGACAAAGCCCUCUUCACCCAGGAGCAAAAGGUCAGGAACCAAGCAGAAAACCCACCAGAGAAGCCCAGCAAAGCAGGCCUCAAGUAGUAGAAAAGCAGCAGCAAGUAAAACAAAACGAAGGAGGGAGAAACACAAACAAGCUGGCUCAUCCUCCAUGUUCUCCCAUGAAGAGGCAGAAAUCAAGCUGAAAUAUGCAAACUACAAGCAGGACAAAAGGGCCAGUAAAUCAGAGAACUUUUGCCCUUUUGUCCACAUGGAGCAGAGAGAGUACUCUGCUUGUACAGUGAUCAACGAUCAGCAGGAGGAGAAGGAUGUGAGGCAGAACAAAGGACAGCAACAACAACCAACUGGGUCUGGGUCUUUGUCUGGUGUUGUUCCUAAGACGUCUUGUUAUCGUCUGGGUCGCCUCAGCUCAAAGAGUAAGUGUCAGCCCCUAAUGGUGUGCUGCCUGUGUGGUGGGUCAGCUAAUGCUGUGGGCCUAGGGGACCUUCACGGGCCUUACUAUCCAACUGGACCUGCUUUGGAGGAACAAGGCAAACAGCAGGCCCAGAAGGAAGAACACAAGGACAGUGAACUGUCUGUAGAUUGUAAGAUAGGCCUAUGGGGUCAGGUAGAGAAGAAUGGAUUACAUGAACUGAGCAAUGUGCCUAGUAUAGAAGCUGUAGAUGACGACUGCUGCAUCAUUGUCAGUGAUUGUGAAAGCUCCACAUUGCCUUCAGCCAAAAAGCUCAGAACAAACGGCUGCGUGGUGAACGGCCACAGUCCGCCAGUGGUGCCCCACAACACCAAUGAAUGCUGGAUCCACGAGGACUGUGGCAUAUGGUCCACAGGUGUUUUCUUAGUUAAAGGAAAGCUCUACGGCUUGGAGGAGGCUGUUAGGUUCGCCCAAGAAACAGUGUGUUCCACAUGCCACGCAGCAGGUGCAACCAUGGGCUGCUUCCAGAAAGGGUGCCCCAAUAAGUACCACUACAGCUGUGCAGCUCAGUCAGGCUGUGUGCUUAACGAAGAAAACUUCUCCAUGAGAUGUCCAAAGCACAAGAAUAAAUCAUUCAGAGGUGUGAACAUGCCAGCCAACAGAUGACAGGAGAGAAGGAAUUGGCCACCAUGGAAGGUAUGUGGUUUUCUAUGCCCUUGACAUGUUACAUUCAUCAUUUGAGACCAGACGGUUUCAAAUGUACUAACUUUAAAUGUUCGUCCUUUGGAAGGACUCUGGGGUUAUUUGUAAAUAGAAUGGUAUUUAGUCAUUGAUGCUCAUCAGUCAGACUGUGAGAGAUCUGUGGUAGUGCAUUGUGUUAGAGCUUGUUUUAGCGUUUGGAACAAAUAACUUCCCUUAGAGUGUGUUGAUUUGAUUGUUUUCUCCUCUCUUGUUAAAUACACUAAUUAAGUUGAGCAUCUUUACCCAUAUUAUGUUAAAAACAGGACUUAGGGUAAGAUUUCGCUAUUGUUCAAAGUGACAUCAAACUCAAGCAAGUUCGUGUCAAUGAUCCUCUAGCGCAGUAGUUCCCAAACUGGGUCGGGACCCACUUGUGGGUUGCGGCAGGGGUCCAGGUGGGUCGUGGGAUUACAUGUUUUAUCCAUUGCAUUUAUUUGUUAUUUGUUUGGGAUAGAAAAAUGCUUUGUGUAUAUUUAAAUGACUAAAACCAAA